AGCACGUCAACGACUACACGGAGAAAUACCGUUGUUUAAGAAGUACAACAAUCUUAAUGAUGCUAUGACAUGCAUUCAAAUGCAAUCUUAACACAGCUGCGCUAAUAAAAUGAUUGGACGAUCUUUUCAUUCUUCGAGCCUGGCCUUCCGUUAGACUUGCAUAGCUGGCUCGUAUAGCGAAACUCGCGCUGCGCGGGAAUUGCUUAUACAGCUCGUAUGCACAUGGUAAGGAACAACGCCUUGCUGGAAGGGCAUAAAUACGAAGACGCGCUGAAAGUCAACAAUCAGGACAACACCUCGAGCGCACAGAACUAGUAUCCGAUAAUUGAGAUAUCAUCAUGCCUAGCAAGCCUAGCAAGACGCCAAUGACUCCCUCCAGCGCCUCGCGCAUCCAGUCCACUCAGGCAAAGACUGGGAGUGCUGGCAAGAACACCUUCGCCUCUCGCGCUCAAAGCGCUGGGCAGACCAACGCCAAUAAAGGCCUCGUUGGGGGCGGCGCACCAAAGAGCGCCGGCGCCGGCGGUGGUAGCUGCUGGUAGUGGGAAUAAGUCACCGAAGAGCAAGUGAAGAAGGAAUACUAGACCGGAUUUGUGAGGGGGCGCUUGAUGUUUUCCCAUCGAUGACUUUAUAGUGACGCCAGUAGUAAUUCAUAUCCAUCAAUCAGUUCACCUGUUGAUUCAUACAGCCAAUUACUUUUCUUUUUUAAUUAAGCAAAAGCAGCUUCAAGCUCCAUAGGGAGUGACUCCAU